AUGGCUGCCGACAAAGGAGUGAUCGAUUUAGAUUCACAAAAGCAUGACAGAAUUCAUUGGAAAGUACGAUUAUGUAUAUUUUUUGUCAUUAGAAGACUUUAGACUUAUUGUUCAAUCAAAUUUAACAUGAAAAGUAGAAGCUUAAGCAAGAUUAGACAAGUAGCACUUGCUGUAAAAAUAUCAAGACCGACAGACCGUGACUUUUUUCUAAAUGUUUAUUGUAUAGGCAAGAUGCAUUGACUACUGGAGCAAGUGGAGGUCUUGUGUUGGUAUGAUAAAUUGCUUAAAUAUUACAAUAUAUAGACAUUGUUCAGGCAAGGUCAUAUACAAUUGUUUAUCAAUGAUAUUUGUUUCAGCUUCAUCCAACCAAUUCCACAAGUAUUACCAAUAUGGAGAAUUUGAAGAUUGUGAUAUCCACCAAAAAGAUUUGAAAAACUGCUUUCUUUGGAAGACAAGGAAAUCAAUCGAUGCACUGGUAUAAACUGUGAUAGAUCAUAGAUAGGUCUUUGUGGUUACUGAAAACUAGACUAAUUUAGCUACAUAGCUUUAUUUUCCGGGAACCGGCACUAGUACAGUACCUGAAGAAAACGUGUGAUGUUUGACAGAGACUGGAAACACUCUUCUUAUAUUCACCUGAUGUGAAAUUAUAAUCAGACAACUACAAGAAUCAAACAACACUCACAGGGGUGAAAUAUACAUCACUUUCCAUUUUAGGAUAGUCUUAUUUCAAGAAAACAAGAAGAGGAGAGAAAGAAGUCGUCAGAAUUUGCCAACUCCGUUUGGGAGAAGAGAGAGAAUCCAGCAAAAGAUUGGGAGUAA